AUGCGCGGCGGGAGCGCGCGGGAGCCGCGGGCGGGCCGCAGGAAACAUGAAGGUCAUCACGUGUGAAAUCGUGUGGCACAAUAAGGAGCCGGUUUACAGCCUGGAUUUCCAGCACGGAGCGGACGGGAGGAUCAAUCGCCUGGCCUCGGCUGGGGUGGACACGGCCGUGAGGAUCUGGAAAGUGGAGAAAGGCCCUGAUGGAAAAGCCAUUGUGGAAUUCCUGUCCAACCUGGCGCGCCACACCAAGGCCGUGAACGUCGUGCGCUUCUCUCCCAGCGGGGACAUCCUGGCCUCAGGAGGGGAUGAUGCUGUCAUUUUGCUCUGGAAGCUGAAUGACAGCAAAGAGUUGGAGCCGUUGGUUUUUCAGGAUGAUGAUGAAGCUCAGCUCAACAAGGAGAACUGGGCAGUCAUCAAAACUUUAAGAGGCCACUUGGAAGAUGUGUAUGAUAUUUGUUGGACCUCAGAUGGAAAUUACAUGGCAUCUGCUUCUGUGGAUAACACAGCAAUCAUGUGGGAUGUCAAUAAAGGGCAGAAAGUUUCAAUAUUUAAUGAGCACAAGAGUUAUGUCCAAGGAGUAACCUGGGAUCCUCUAGGCCAGUAUAUUGCAACCCUGAGUUGUGACAGGGUCCUGAGAGUUUACAGCACCCAAACCAAACGAGUGGCCUUCAAUGUCACCAAGAUGCCAUCAGGCUCAGGAGCUGAAGGAGAGGCCAGGAGCUUUCGGAUGUUCCACGAUGACAGCAUGAAGUCCUUCUUCCGCCGGCUCAGCUUCACCCCUGACGGCUCCUACCUGCUCACCCCAGCUGGCUGUGUGGAAUCAGGAGAGAACGUUACAAACACCACCUAUGUUUUCUCCAGAAACAAUUUUAAAAGGCCUGUGGGCCACCUGCCCUGUCCUGGCAAGGGAACUCUGGCUGUUCGCUGCUGUCCUGUGUACUUUGAGCUGAGAGGAGCCUCUGCUAAAGAUGAAAUCAGUCCCAAAUCCCCCCCUGCCCUGUUCAGCCUCCCCUACCGACUGGUGUUUGCUGUUGCUUCUGAAGAUUCUGUGCUUUUCUAUGACACUGAGCAGUCCUUCCCCUUUGGCUAUGUCUCCAACAUCCAUUACCACACCCUGAGUGACAUUUCAUGGUCGAGUGAUGGAUCCUUCCUGGCCAUUUCCUCCACGGACGGGUACUGCUCCUUCGUCACCUUCGAGGAGGGUGAGCUGGGAGUGCCCCUGAAGGAAAAGCCCCAGAUCCAUGUCAGGACUCCUGCAGCAGCAGCAGACAAGAAAGCCAAGAAGAGCCAGUCCCACAAAGUGAUUUCUCCAGGCUCCAGGCUGGCAGAGGGGACCCCUCCCAGCAAGGAUCCCCCACUCCCACCCCGAACCCCCAGCAGUGCUGGGAAGGAGCUGCCUUGCACCCCUGCUGCCAUCAAAACCACCCCAGUGCCAGCCCCUUCCACCCCAGUGCCAUCUCCUUCCAUUCCUGCUGCCAUCAAAACCACCCCAGUGCCCUCUCCUUCCACCCCUGCUGCCAUCAAAACCACCCCAGUGCCAGCCCCUUCCACCCCAGUGCCAUCUCCUUCCACCCCUGCUGCCAUCAAAACCACCCCAGUGCCAUCUCCUUCCACCCCUGCUGCCAUCAAAACCACCCCAGUGCCAGCCCCUUCCACCCCUGUUGGCAUCAAAACCUCCCCAGUGGCAUCCUCAGAGGAGAGGAGAAGCAGCCAGGCAGGCACCCCGAGCAGCAGAGCCCCCCAGCCCAGGAGGGUCACCCUCAACACUCUGCAGAGUUUCAAAACACCCAGGAGAAUAAACUUGAUUUCCUUGAAGCCAGACACCCCAACCUCUGCAUAUCCAGACCCAGCUCCCAUCCCUCCUUCCUCAGAACAGGAGCAUGAGAGGCCACUGCCAUCUGAUGAGAGCCCCCAAGCACCCCCAGCACCAAAACGUGCCAGGAUUGAGGAAUUGCCCCUUCCUGCACCUGCUGGAGACCCAGGCAGCUCUGAGUCCAACAAAUAAAGGCUGAGCAACCCCUCACAGCCUGAAGUCAAAGCAGCCAUGUCUGAGAACAUUUCUCUUUGCAAAAAUGCCACCCUCAACUCCCAGUUCAACUUCCCUGAGCAUGUUUGGUGUAGAACUGUGAAGAAACUGCCAGGAGAAGACCCAGGUUUCAGGAAUGUGGUUCUGCAGCAGGAGAAAUAGUUGGGAAGUGACUUGAAGAAUAAGGAAAUCAGGGAAGUCUGGGGAUUAAAAAUCCAUCCAGUAAGAUGUGAGUCUCCAUCAGAGUCCUUAAAUCCAUGUUUAGAAAGCAUUAUGUCUUCCAGGAACUGUCUGGCAAAAAGAAUCAAAUGAAUUCAUAAGAUUUGAUGUGGUUCAGGACCUAAAAAAAGAGGAAAUUGUGUCAUUCCAGCAUUUUGGUUUAUUUCUUAUAUAAAAUAAUGUUCCCCAUUAGCUGUGGGGUGGAGCUGAUCCACUCUGAGGCAGCAGCAGAGCUCAGGACUGGGAUGUGGAAGCAGAAAUGGGAAGAUUGAACUGCAGGAAACAAGAAAAAAGAAGAAAUUCUCUGAAGAGCUGCUGUAAGAAUGAAAUAGCAGCAAGUUCUUGUUUCAUUUCUGGACUUCAGAAAGAAAUGCAGGUGUGAGAUUUUCCUGAGGCAGCAGGAUUUGAGUGUGUGCAUUGAAAUUUUUUUCCCCCAACUUAACUCCCUUAGCCAAUAAACCACAAUCCAGUGGAUGGGAAACUUCUACACCUGAAAUUUCUUUCUAGCAUUUAAUACUUCAUAAAAGCAGAAAUACAAAUGUUCCAGAAGUGACUCACAAAAGUCUCACAGGGAGGAAAUAUUAACAAACACCUCUGUCAGUCCUGUGGCAAAUGAACUCUUGCCUCCAAUUAAAUUUCAACAAUUAAUAAAGCAAAAGGUUGUAGAAAACUUGA